AUGGCCUCCCCAGGCCAAACCCUAACCCACCGACACCCUCCACUCUCCCCACACUCGCUCUCCCUCACCUCCCUCGAUCCAGAUCGGAUCGAGGCACUAGACACCGCCGCCCGGAGACGCCACCCCGUCGCCGCCCCGGCGCACGUCCCCGUUGCCAACCCCAGCCGCCUCGCCGGACCGCCUCGCCUCCUCCCUGACAUGCUCCACCGACCUCGACGCCACCCCGAACCGCCGUCGCCGAGCGCCAUCCACCCGGAGCUCCCCCGUCGCCGCCUGUCGUCUUCGUCCUCCUCCGCGACCCCACUGCCACUCCCCUACACUACUCGCUACGACGCCUUCGCCCCCUACAGCACUCGACCGCGCCCCGCGUCCUCCCGUAGCCGCCAUCGCGCCCCGACCGCGGUCACCCCGCGCUGGCCGCACCCAGCGUGCGCGCCCGGCCCCGCGACCUGCGCGCCCGUGCCUCGCCAGCUCCAACCGCCGCAGCUGCUCGCGCUGCUGCUCACUUCCAUCGCCCCCUGCUUCCCCUGCAAGCGCGCCGCCCUGCCUGCGGACCGGCCUCGCCUCGUCCGCCCCGAGGCAUCGUCCCGGUGCCUCGGCACCGCCCGCAUCGCCAUAGCCUCGCCCCGCCGUGGCCUCCCGCUGCCAUGCCGGUGCCGCGCUAGCAUUCACCCCCUGCCGUGGCCUUGA